AUGGCGCUCUAUCGGUUCUCAUUCACGAAAAGUAUUCAAAAUGUGCUUGCACAGACCAGUUUGCAUGGGGUGUUUCAUCUCGUGCACAAACGAAGUACUUACGUUGAAAAAACAAUUUGGUUUGGUAUAAUUACUUUGGCAAUAACAGCCGGGUGUUAUAACGUGGGUAGUUUUUGGGUGCGCUAUUGGACGAAUCCUACGGUAAUCGCGUUAGAUCGUGAUUACCAUUUGUGGAAUACGACGUUUCCCAGCCUCACCGUUUGCUUCCAGAAGCGUUUGAGUGAACGAGCACGUGAGGAAAUGAUCGCUCGCGUUGACCCAGAACUGGCUCCAAGAUAUGCCGAAUUUCUGGACACGCUGUUGGAAAGCGAUAUCGAAAAUGUUGGCCGUUUGGCAGAAUAUGAUGAGUUUGAGGGUGUCGAUUUGAGGCAGUUACUAAAUGAGAUAACCGACCGACCGAAUGCCAUCGUCACAAUGGAAGGUGAUCUGCAAGGAGUUUUGAUAAGAUCGCUAACGGAGAUGGGAAUCUGCUACACAUUUAACACUGCAAUCGCUCAGUAUUUGAGUAUAGAUAAUUACGAUGGUGACGACAAACUGUACGAAGUUAGUGUUUUUAAUGGAGAAGCAUCGGCAACAAUUUCGAACUGCACCUCAAAUGGCAAUAUAUAUUUUCAUAGUCCUUAUGAAAUGCCAACUAUUCGAAAAUCGCUCCUGAUUGAGCGUGGCUUCUUCACAUUCACCAAGAUGGACUUUAAUGCUCUUGCGAUCACUUCAAUCCCCGCCAUUAGAAGCUUGAGCAUAAAGCAGCGCAAAUGUCGAUUUCCUCACGAAUCAAAUCUUAAAUUUUUCCCUGAAUAUUACUCGUAUGGCCUUUGCUUAUUGGAGUGUAAAUUCUAUUUGUUUCUGAAGCAUUGCGAUUGCAUUCCUUACUUUUAUCAAAUCGCAGAUCCCUCGAGGUAUUGUAAGCUUUCCCAAUUAGCCUGCGUGGAGUUAUACCAAAGCUAUAUUUCGUUUCUUACGGCGGAUGAGCUCCGGGAAAUCUUUGGCGCAUGUAAUUGUAUGAAAAACUGCGACGACGUUACAUUUACGCUUCAGCAGUAUGGAUCGACGUUCUGGUUUAAUGAUCCUGUUGUCAAAUGGAGCAUUCGUAUACCAAAAAUUCGCUACAGUCGUAGAAUUAUUUUCGACUUCAUUGAUGCCAUGGUUUCUACCGGAAGUAUCUUGGCGUUUUUCGUAGGCUUUAGCAUCUUAUCUUUGAUUGAACUUGGAUACUUUUCUAUUAGAAAUCUAUUGUUAUCAUGUUUUCGUAUUAAACUGGUGAGAAAUCUUUGCAGAAGAGCUCAAAAGAAAAUGAAAAAAGCUGGCUUUCUUAAAAUGUCGGAAUACUCAAACGAACUGGAAGUGUUCAUUGCCAAACAAAAAAGGCUAUUAGAGUUGGAUAAAGUACGAAUGGAAAGUACACAAAUAAUCAUUACUAAACAACAAGUUCGACCACGACAACAGGUGAAACCGCGAAAGGACAAUGUUCCCGACAAAGUGCAAGAACGGCGUACUGUAUCCGCUAAUAAGGUUUCUAAAGAGAUAGCUAAUUCGCAAAGAAGUAAAAAGAACAUCCCAAAAGCGUGUGACUCCCGUUUAGAAGUGACUAGUGCCCGAAUGCAUACCGCUGCACCACCACCGGUUCAAAGUGCGAUCGAUUCAGCAAAUAGUGACGCAUCAAAGAACGUGGAUAAACCAUCAGCGUUUUCCACCGAAGAACCAGCAACAACUCUAUCAUCACAGCAUGCAACACAAAAGCCUCCGCAACAGGAUGAAAUGGAACAGUGGGUCUCGGAUACGUUCUUUUCGUACUUUCCGAGUUUCAAUAAAAAGCAAAAGGAGCAGAAGACCGUCCUGUCCCGUGCGCGCCAGCAGGAGUACCAAGAGUAUUUGAAAAAUGUAAAUUUCAUUGCUAACGUGAUCCCGGAGGUGACGACGAAACACCAGCAGUACAUGCAAAAGUUCGGCAGCAAUAAACCGUCGGGGACAGUGACGGCCUCGAAUGAGAAGGGCACCGGUACAACAAGCCCACCGCCUCCAGGUGCCGGCGGACAGCAGCCGCAGGUUCGCUUCGGCAAGUCGCUGGUGGCGGAAGCGAAUGUGAACUUCCGCAAAGGUAGCCCGCGUGAGAAGUUGAUCCAAGAUUUAGCCCAUACUGAUCUGCCUACCAUUCUUAACACAGACACUAUCGAUCGCAGGAACAGGAUGUUGGCCGAUGAAGAAAGUCGCCGCAAGAUGGAGUAUCAGAGAGAACUGAUCAAACAAAUCGAGGAAAAACGCAAGGAGGUCGAACGGUUGCGUGAGAAGGAAAAGCUGGAAGAGGAAAUGCUGACCAGCCGGUUGGAGCAACAACUUAAGACGAUGCAACUGGAGGAGCAGCUCGAGCACGAGCGGGUGCGCAGCGAAAAGAUUCGCAUCGCCAACGAACAGAACCACAUCCGCCGGUUGCAGCUGUUGGCAAAUCUUGAGAACGACCACAAGCUGUUCAACCCAUACGACGGGCAACGGAAAGCUUUCUCCGAGAAUGGCGUCAAAGCGCCACCUGCGGCAGUAUCUCAGACGGCAGCGGUCCCAACGGGACCGUACUCGUCCGGUGAUGAACGCACGAAGGUGUACCGGUAUUUCAGCAAUUCGGCUCAGAACGAGAAACACGGCCACUUAGCGUCCUCGUCUGCGUUGUCUUCCGAGCAGGAUUAUGAAUCUUCCAGCGAAACGACGAUGAACUCGAUGACGGCGGAUCAUCAUCACCGGUACCAGUACUGCAAGAGUUGCCGGGCCGAUAUCGAUCGUUCGUUUCUUCCUCCGCCUCCGGCUGUGGUUCCCAGAGGGUCUGAUUAUGCUAAACAUCAGCGGCAGCAUUGUGCGAAGUGCGGCUGUAAGCGAUCGCUGGGAAAGGACGAUCGUCGUUGCGUGAAAUGUGAUCGCUCUAUCAAGCGAACAGGAGGCUCAAAAGCAGGCUCACUGUGUGCAGUGUGCGCCUUGGCUUCGGAUGCGGACAAGAACGCCAUCCAGCAGAAGUUACAGCAACAACGGCGAACGAUGUACGAUGCGCAAUUUCAAUCCACUCAGCAGGAAGAGGAAAACGUUCGGCGACAGCGUAAAACGGCCGUUUCGCCAACGAAUAACCCGUACAAAGUGAUCGAUAUUCAGUACCACGAGAGUGACAACGAUAAUGGCGACCUGGCCGUGCUGAAUCCGGUGAUCGUGCGUAACAACUACCGCAAGCCACCGUAUUCGCUCAACAUCGAGAAGGACUCGCUGUUCCAUCCGAGCAAGAAAACGCCCGAGCCGGUCCUGUCGGUAAACAUUCGCAACGGGGAAGUGUCUGUGGAUAAUAGAUUGCGCACGCAGGCCACCACCGGUGUUCCUUCUCGCCCGGCCAGCCCGUCCGAUGCCGAUGAGGGAAGACGAGAUGACGAGAGUUCGUCGGCGACCGUUGGAGACGAUCUGCUGGACGAGCGAAUCGCGAAGUACGUACGUCACUACAACACGCUUUGGAUGAAGCGUGGUAACAGUAGGAAGAACAAUACGCACAAUUCGCACCAACAACAGUACAAUUAUCACGAGGAUCACCAUGUGACGAAGGGUUCAAAAUUCGGCUCGUUACUGCCAUCGCUUUCGCCACCGAAAGUGUACGUAAGUGACCGACCGGAGAACCUGAAGAGUGACGCGCUCAAGCUGGUGGAGAAAAAAUGGGAGGUACCAGCCGUAGAGAGAACAAAAGUGAAUGAAAAAGGGUCAGCCCGUGUGCUCACACAGCUCGGCGCCAUCCGGAAACAGCUUCAAUUGGAACAGCUGCAGAUGGAUAAUGGUCCGUCGACGUACACGAAGAAUUACUAGCGACGUGGCUACCUGUAGUGCCUGUUGCGUCAUAUUAUGAAUUUUAUACUUGAAUUUCGUCCAUCUGCGUUAAGCCGAGCAGUUCCACUAAAGUUACCUACAAGCGGAACGGACAUUCCUGGGGAAUGCGAAAUCAAAGAAGAGACUAGCUAAAAGCUGAAGGAAUUAAGUUUGAAUUAUAUCCGUAGCAUUACAAUAAAGUUGACGUGCUGAAAAUUGCAC